GGGCAGAAGUGACAAACCGCCUCAUUCCCUCCAACGAAAACCCACCGAAGAUAAACAAUUCAGCAAACAGCACCAGUUUACUAGCCAAUACCUCGCGCAGUCAUUCUGUUCCUAUAGCGACAGGAGGAAACCAGGCGGACUGGGAGGGGGACGUUCUUGAAGACAUGCAGAGGGGCUUACGACGACCAUACACUUGAGCACCCGCUCCAGAAUCGAGCUACAUAUCGCCAGGAUGGAUGUCAUUCAGGCAGUGACGGGUUAUAUAUCGAAGAUGGUGUCCGCUGGGGAUAGCGCAUCAGGGACACCAUCGGCGAAGAUGAAGAUCUUGCUAUUGGACAGCGAAACCGUCAAUAUUGCGUCCACUGCGAUUACCCAGUCAGCACUACUAAACCACGAAGUGUACCUUAUCGACAGGUUAGAAAACCAAAAUCGAGAGAAGAUGCGACAUCUACGAUGCUUGUGUUUUGUCCGACCCUCCGCCGAAUCCAUACAGUAUCUCAUCGAUGAGCUGCGCGAUCCCAAAUACGGCGAAUACAACCUCUACUUUAGCAAUGUGACGAAGAAAUCUUCGCUCGAGCGGCUUGCAGAAGCAGAUGACUACGAGGUUAUUAAAGCAGUUCAGGAGCACUUUGCAGACUACAUUGUGAUCAACCCAGACCUGUUUACGUUAGAUCUGACGAUACCAAAACGAAUAUGGAGCGGAAGCCCGGAUAUGUGGAACGCGGAUGCAUUGCAAAGGAGCACCGAUGGAAUUGUGGGACUACUACUCUCUUUGAAGAAGAAGCCGUUAAUACGGUAUGAAAAGAACAGUCUCCUGGCGAAAAAGCUUGCGACGGAAGUGCGAUACCUUGUUAGCCAGGAAGAGCAACUCUUCGACUUCCGAAAAGUCGAUACACCGCCAAUAUUACUUAUAUUAGAUCGCAGAGACGAUCCCAUCACGCCGUUGCUCUCACAAUGGACAUACCAAGCGAUGGUGCAUGAGCUUUUGGGCAUUAAUAACGGCCGCGUCGACCUUCAUAGUGUUCCUGACGUUAGGCCGGAGUUGAAGGAAGUUGUUCUCUCUCAGGACCAGGACCCAUUCUUCAAGAAGAACAUGUACCUGAAUUUUGGCGACCUUGGAGGGAAUAUUAAGGACUACGUCGAACAAUACCAGUCAAAAACAAAGAGCAGCUCAAACAUCGAGUCGAUUGCCGACAUGAAGCGCUUCAUUGAAGAAUAUCCCGAGUUCCGGAAGCUGUCUGGGAAUGUUAGCAAACAUGUGACUAUUGUUGGCGAGCUGAGUCGAAAAGUAGGAGCGGAGAAUCUCUUGGAAGUCAGUGAGGUUGAGCAGAGUUUGGCGUGCAAUGACAACCAUGCAGCAGAUCUGAAGAAUGUGCAGCGGCUAUUACAAUCGCCCUCCGUAACUGCUGAAGGAAAGGUGAGGCUGGUUGCUCUAUACGCAUUGCGCCAUCAAAGGCACCCGUCCAACGCUCUGCCUCUGUUACUUGAUCUAUUGGGCGCCACAGGUAAUAUGCCACAACGGCAGAUCGACAUAGUUUCGAAGCUACUCCACUACCAAUCUUCUCUCCAGCAGGUCCAAAAUGCCAGUGGUAUAACCGACAUGUUCGAGUCCGCCAAUAUUUUUUCGGGCGCUCGUGAUCGCCUCAAAGGCUUGAAGGGAGUGGAUAAUGUGUACACUCAGCACUCCCCACGACUAGAGAUAACCUUGCAAGAGCUCAUCAAAGGGAGGUUGCGAGAACAGCAGUAUCCAUUUGUAGAUGGCGGAGGCUCGACGAGGGACAAGCCUCAAGACAUCAUAGUGUUCAUGAUUGGCGGGACCACGUAUGAAGAAGCAAAGUUGGUUGCUACUAUCAACGCUUCAGUGCCUGGCAUAAGGGUCGUUUUAGGUGCAACAUGUAUACAUAACAGCGUCACCUUCUUAGAAGAGGUUGAUGAUGCGGUUACGUCGUGGCCAGCACCAGCACCUACGACAGCGGCAGGGAGGCUUCGGCAAGAGACGACAAGGCGAUAGAAUAUGAGAAAACAGGCGGGCGUUCCGGCUUGGGCUCUGGGCUGAUGAUUAUGAAGCGGUAGGAUUUGUAGGAUCUGUACUCCUUAGGGUAUGAUAAUCCGCUACAAUGAUGUUGUUUGUCUAACUUAUGGGGUUUGGCAUCUCAAAGCCUCGUUCUGUAGCCUUGCGUCUGUUCUGGCUUUGUGGAGUCCAAUAGCAAGCGACCCCCAGCCGCUAAUUCUAACAUUUCUUUAUCCACAUUCCGCUACCCCACCAGAAAAUAUCUUGACCCCGCCAAAAUUUCACGACUUCGUUGUC